UCUCCGUAGCCUUCUCUUCCUUUCACAUCACAAUUGUUCGAGGUGUUGCGCGAUGUUUCGUUACGAGCUCCAUAUCUCGCAGUAUUGAUGAUUUCCAUUUUAGGAAAUCUUUCCGCUUCACCUUAGCAUGAUCGAGAAACGGCCGCAAUCGAGUUUCAUACGGUCGGUCAGAAACGCUACCGCGACUGUCCUUGUAAUCGAGGGCGUACUUCUGCUCGGGUCGUACGUGCUCUGGCGUCGCAUGAACACAUCGCAAGAUUUCAGAUAUUAUAUGUACCGAAAUUGGCCAUUUCUACUUGAAGGCUAUUACACUAUUGGAGAAAAGUUAUCUGGCUAUGAUCAUUUAAGGAAGUUUGAUCAUAAAACGUGGAUGGAAAAACGCGAUGAAUAGUAAAUCUUCAUGGCGUUCCUGAAGUUUAUAGCAUCAGCCAUUCUUGGUGGAGGAUUAGGAUAUACUCUGUUUAUUAUUGCUUCUGCUGAUGAAUCAGAACUUAUAAAGCAUCUUCCACCACAUUCAGCAGAGCCACAGAGCAUUUUCAAAAGAUAUAAAAAACAACCUGAUAAAUUUAUAAGCCAAGAAAAUUCUGUAAAGAUCAAUUCCAAAGCACAAGACGAUAUUGAGAAAUAGCAUUUGUGUACUAAAAUGGAUUCUGCUAAGUUUAUAGAGGAAAGUUUACCAGAUCGUAUUACGAAAAGGGAUCGAGAACGGAAAAACAUUAUUGAAAGGCGAAGAGAAGAACGGCAGUCGCUCGCUGUGGAAUCGGAACAAACUGGUUAUUUUAAAGAUACAUUUUACUCUUCGUGCAAAAAGAUCAAGGACAUGCUGGACGAUGCACCCAAUACUCCAUCCUCUGCAUUGCCAGGAAUAUUCGAUAAGUCCAACAAGGAGAUUCAACUGCUCAAGAACUAUUUGUCACAAUCAAAAAUGUUUCUGAAGGUUUAUGAUAUAAGACGCGCGCAAGAGAAUUUGCAAACGUUGGAAAAUCAAGCUUCUGAGCUAGAGAUAAAACUCCUGCCUAAGAAAAAGUUUGGCUUUAAAAAUCGCAGGAUUGUAAAGAAACCAUCUGAUAAAGGACUCGACAUUACCGAUGGUUUGAAAGACCUUAAGAUAUCAGAGAGCAUCGUGAACGGCUCGACUAAGCAGAAUAAUAAAUUGUCGAGCAAGUAUGGAGAUAGUGCCUGCAUGCUUUUGGGCAAGAUGAAUGAACGAUUGGUGUUGGAUGCUGAAAAUGUGAAUAAGAAUGACAUCCUGCUGUCCGAUCUGGUUUGCUGUACUGUACGGAUAUACGGUACACCCAGCACCCUGCAUAUGGUGAACCUGAAGCAAUGCACCAUAUUAGUUGGACCAGUGACAUCCUCUGUUUAUGUAAACGAUUGCAGUGAAUGUGUAUUCGCUUUCGCAUGUCAACAACUACGAUUACAUUCGUCAACGGACUGUACCAUUUAUUUACACGUCACGAGUAGAGCGAUCAUAGAAGAUUGUACGAAGAUACGUGUAGCACCUUACAACUGGUCUUACGAAGAUCAGACGAGUCACUUUAAUCUAGCCGGCCUUGAUCCAAAGAUUAACAAUUGGAACUGUAUCGACGACUUUAAUUGGCUAUCCAGUGAAAAGCAUUCGCCGAAUUGGUCCAUUCUCGAACCAGAGCUUCGAGUGAAAACGUGGGAUUAAACAAAUACUUGUAAAAUAAAGAAAGAAGAGCAAUUAAAGUUCAACAAUUGUAAUCGAAAUGUUUUUACGCGCCCUUGAUUCUUUUUCCAAAUAUCUUUUUCGAUUUUAUUUCCGAACAAAUCGUCUACAUAUACUGUGCUUUUUCACAAAAUGCGAAUUUUAUAUAUCUACGAUAUCUAAUAAAUUUACUGUUUGUGCAAUAUAUAGGGGUCCCCUAUUUUAUGAGUCACCUAAGUAGAAAAGGUUGCUCAAAUAAAAGUUCGAGCUUUAGAAGAAAAAAA